CAAAAGGAGGGAAGAGAGGAGCUAAAGAAGCCGCUUUGGCCGUCUUAUUGAUUUGAGCCUAUAAAGUUUUGCUUCUCAGCAAGGGAAUACCAUUCCUCUCUUUACGGUCAAUUCCUUAAAAUUCACACACAAAACCUCAUUAAAAACACCCAUUUCAGAUAUUUCAUUAUCUAUUCCAAAACCCACCUCUUUUUAUUGGUAGAGUUUGAUUAGUAUAAGUAUUUUCAAAGUUGGCGAGGAACAAACCAAAACAAGGAAGAAAAUGGUGAGUCAUAAUGAAGAGCAACAUGGUGUGGAUGACUUCCCUGUUCUUCAACCAGACCCUGUUGUCUUAGAGCUCAAUCGUCUGAAGAACUUGCUUAAAGAAAAGGAUCGGGAAUUAGGUGUGGCUCAGGGUGAAAUCAAGGGUCUGAGAGCAACAGAAGUUUUGAAAGAUAAGGCUCUAGAAGAGCUCAGAAAUGAAGUUCAAAAAUUGGAUGAGAAACUUGGAGUCACUGAAAAUCUUCUUGAGCAUAAGAAUCUUGAAAUCAAGAAACUAACAAAUGACAAGAAAAAUGCAUUGGCCGCACAGUUUGCUGCGGAAGCAACUCUCAGAAGAGUGCAUGCAAAUCAAAAGGAUGAUGACUCUUUGCCUAUUGUGUCUGUCAUUGCUCCUCUUGAGGCUGAAAUCAAAAUAUACAAGAAUGAGAUUGCCACCCUUCAGGAGGAUAAGAAGGCUUUGGAACGCCUGACCAAAUCAAAAGAGUCAGCUCUGCUUGAAGCAGAAAGGAUUUUGAGGAGUGCUCUAGAAAGGGCCUUAAUAGUUGAAGAGGUUCAGAACCAGAACUUCGAAUUAAGGAGACAGAUCGAGAUCUGCCAGGAGGAAAACAGAAUCCUUGAGAAAACCAAUCGUCAAAAGGUUUUAGAGGUUGAAAAGCUUAGUCAAACCAUUCAUGAACUUGAAGAAGCCAUUCUAGCUGGUGGAGCUGCAGCCAAUGCUAUCCGCGACUAUAAGCGGCAGAUAGAAGAAUUAAAUGAGGAGAAGAGGACUUUGGAAAGAGAGCUAGCAAGAUCGAAAGUUUCAGCAAACCGAGUAGCAACUGUAGUGGCUAAUGAGUGGAAAGAUGAAAAUGACAAAGUUAUGCCUGUUAGACAGUGGCUGGAAGAGAGAAGGCUAAUGCAGGCUGAAAUGCAACGGUUGAGGGACAAGCUAACUGUGUCAGAGAGAACAGCUAAAGCAGAGGCACAACUCAAGGAGAAAUUGAAGCUGAGGCUUAAGACACUGGAAGAAGGGCUAAAGCAUGUUUCAAGUUUCUCAGCCAACCCUAAUGCUUUCUGUGCAUCUCAAAAAACAGAAAAAUCAAGCAAUAUCUUAAGCUUCCUGACAAGCAAUGGAGGGCUCAUAAAAAGAUCAACAUCACAGCCAAGGGCUUCCACCUUCGGUAAAACUUCUCCUUUGCAACAACCAAAUGUAGAAAUUGAAACAGCUACGGGCGAGCUAAAACGAGCAAAUAGCUUCAGAAAGAAAUAUUCUUCUGGAGAAAACAUGUUGAAAAGAAGCCUAUGGGCAACCAAAAGUAAAGUUGUUGAUAGUGGUGAGAAGGAGAACAAGGAAAUCAAAGAGAACACAAAAAACAACGACAACAACAAUACAACAGCUUCUGCAGAAGCCAAAACUAAAGGCAGUGGCAAUGAAGAAUCACCUAACCAAGGAACUACAAACUCCGAUAGUGAAGAUAUGGUCUCAGGUUUUCUGUAUGAUAGACUUCAAAAGGAGGUUAUCAGUCUGAGGAAGAUUUUCGAAGUGAAAGAGAACCAUUUGAAUGCUAAAGAUCAAGAAAUAAAGAUGCUCAUGAAGAAGGUUGAAGCACUGACAAAAUCCAUAGAAGUAGAAACCAAGAGAAUGAAGAGAGAAGCUGCAGCUAGAGAGAAGGAAGCUGCAUCAAUGAAAAUGGUUGACAACAAGAAGAACAGAACCAUCAACUCCUAUAACAGGGUAACCAAAUCACCUUGAAAACUUACAUUGGAGAAAGCUGAAAAGCAUCUGCAAAUUUGUUGAUUUAUCGGUCAUUGCUUGUGAUUCUUUAAUGUAAAUACAAAAGAACAGAGUUUCAUGCAUGCUAGGUAGCUGAAAUAAAGUUCCGAUAAAGAAAAAAGGGGGACCUGACUUUGUAAAAACUUUGUACAUGUUAUAUUGGUUUUGAUUUGUGUUUUCCUCUGCUUGAGAUUCACAUAAAUGAUAAUUAUCACAUUUCUUUUGGUUUA